AUGGCAGCAAUCACCAUGUCAGAGACAACAGAGGAAUUCCAAAAGCUAUAUAGCUCUAUGUUUGACUUUGUGAACACCUGCAUGUCAGGCCACGACCCCUCUCACAACCCACCACACGUGCACCGGGUAGUCAAUCUCGCCAUGAGGAUCCUAUCUGCAGAACAAAAGUUACACCCUGAGGCCUCUUACUCCGGUGCAGUGGUUAAGCUAGCGGCGCUACUCCAUGACAUCGGUGAUAGAAAGUACCUGCCAAACAUAACGACAGAGGGAGAUGAGUCACUGGAUCCCAAGACGAUGGUGCAACAUGCUUUACUGCAACAAGGAGCUCCUGUGGAGUUAGCGAUCAGGGUACAGACUAUUGUAUCGCAUGUUUCGUAUUCAACUGAAUGCAAGGAUCCCGCCGUUAUUCGGCGGUUGAUUGAUGAGGAAGGAUUUGGCGAGUUGGCGAUUGUGCAGGAUGCGGAUCGAUUGGAUGCCAUAGGUGCUAUUGGGAUUGGACGGUGCUUUACUUUCCUCGGUGCACAGGGGAAGAAGUUUGCGGGAGGGAGUGGAUGGGUGAUGGAUAAUGCGAUUGAGCAUUUUGGAGAUAAGUUGGAGAAGUUGAAGGGAAUGAUGAAGACGGAGACGGGGAGGAAGAUGGCACGCGCUCGAACUGAGAGAUUGAAUGUUUUUAAGAGUUGGUGGGAAGAGGAGAUGGUCGAAUCUACUUGA